AAACUGAGUGCCGUAAAACGGGCGUGUACAUAGAAGCCUUGUGGGAUUUGAUUUGGUCUGCGGUCUGCGCUUGUCAAAUUUUCUGCUAUAAUUCCGCGAUAUCGGAUCCGAAGAUAUGACACUAUUUCACUUUGGGAACUGUGUGGCUCUUGCCUACGUGCCAUACUUUCUCACGUACAAGUUUUCGGGAUUGUCAGAAUACAGCGCUUUUUGGAAAUGUGUGCAGGCGGGAGGAGCAUAUCUGGCCACUCAGUUAUGCAAGAUGUUGAUCCUCGCCACCUUCUUCCCGGCAUCAGAAACAGGCGGAGGGAAUCUGGAUGUGAUCGGGGAAUUCCUGAAGACCUCGGUGGACUUCGGUGACCUGAUCGGGAUCCAGCUGAUCAUGAGCAGCAUCCCGGGGAAGGGGGAGAUCAAGAUCAUGACGGCGGCGAUGGGCUGGGCCACGGCGGAGCUGGUCAUGACCCGCUUCAUCCCCAUGUGGGUCGGGGCGCGGGGGGUGGAGUUCGACUGGAAGUACAUCCAGAUGAGCCUGGAGUCCAACAUCAACCUGGUCCAGCACAUAGCAGCUGCAGUCCUGGUGUGGCUGUGGAGCAGACAUGACUUCAACCGUAGUCUGUUACCCGUUGUUGGCACCCUGCUUGGGCUGAGUGUGUACAGACCUCUUAUUGUAGAAAUCUUGAUCCAUGCUGUUGGCCUUGGCUCCUGGACCCUCCUGCUGGCCAAAGCCUUGUUCACGGGAGCCGUUGGCUUAGUAACUCUUCAGUUGUAUGUUGGACUGGUUCACAGUAUCCCAAGCAACCACUAUGACUGAUGUACUGACGGCAGGGGCAGUUGUAAUGUGUAAUUUAUACACUACUGGAAUAAUUCUAGAUACCAGAAGAUUACAUAUUCAGUUUGUACUGAUCAAAGUUUGUUGUUAGUCUGUAUUGGUAGUUGUGUCCCGUAAUAUUUUUAAAAAUUGCAAUUGCAUGAAGUUGUAUGUAAUAGUACAAAUGUAGUGUGUCCUGUCUAGUGGGUUGAGAUAAAAGCAGCUGAUCUGAAGGAGGAAGGAAUUUAUUGGAAAAAAUUGGAAUGUAAUUUAAUUUUACAUAUGAUAAUAUUUGUUCGGCCAACAUGUAAAAGGUGCAACAUCAUGUACAGGACAUUAUUUUAUACAACAUAUAGCAGCUUAUUAUAUGAAGUUGAAUAUGUCAUUUUUUUUGUUAAUUUGUAUUGAUAAUCAACACUAACAUUAUGUACCAGAUGUGUGUGAAUGUAUUUGAAUUUUGUUACUCAAACUUUGUGGCCUUUUGUUGUUGUUGUUGUUCAAAGUAUGGAAGGAACAGUUAUCAUUAUUCUUGGCCAGUUUGUAUGAGGAGGCUUCAAAUACAUAUUACAUGGUGUCAAAUAAAGUUCAGAAUCACGUCUGAA